AUGCCAGGGUUCUUCUUUUCACACAGCAGCAUGACUGAACUGAGUGGAAGAGAGGACUGCAAGCUUGCAGAAGGCAAAAUCCACAAGAAGAAGCAAAAGGCAUUUGGGGCAGACCUCAAGAAUUACCUCAAGUGCAUGGUGCCGCACCUCGAAUCCGGGCUCAAGACGUCGAGCCCCAGGAACGUCGUGCUUUCUGCAGAAGAAGUGAUGCAGUGGUCCCAGUCUUUGGAAAAGCUCCUGGCCAGCCAAAGUGGUCAAGGUGUCUUCCGGGAGUUCCUCAAGUCAGAAUUCAGUGAGGAGAACAUCGAGUUCUGGCUGGCUUGUGAGGACUACAAGAAAACCAAGGCUGACCACUUGCAUGGCAAAGCAGAGAGGAUUUAUGAGGAGUUUGUCCAGUCAGAUGCUGUUAAGCAGAUCAAUAUUGACUACCAGAUGAGGGAAGCAACAGCCAGAAGGGCUCAGGAGGCAACUCACACAAGUUUUGAUGAAGCCCAGAAAACUGUGUACAUCCUCAUGGAAAGAGAUUCCUAUCCCAGGUUUCUGAAAUCCAAAGCCUACCUCAACCUUUUGAACCAGCUGCAAACCAACACCUCGAAAUGAAGUGCCUGAGGCAGUGAAGAGCUGAGCAGACUCUGUCAAAUGUCCUGCAGAGAGAUCCUGCAGCACGGUUGGAUCUCAGCAAGGAGAACCCCUGCCUUGAGAAGAGGGGUGGCAAGGGAGGUGCAAAUGGCUCCACAGCCAGGAGGAUGCAGGAUAAAGGCUGGCAAGGCUGUUCCAAGUGUGGGAGCAGCACAAGGAGAAGGCUGCUCCCAUGCACUG